AUGGCGCCCUCAGCGGUGAUGGACCACCCGGCCGAGUCGGCACCACGAUACGUCAACGGGGGACUGAUCACCGACGUCGAGAAGCACGGGGACAACCCCGUAGUGAUCCGGCUGAGCGACGAGGAGCUCCAGUCCGGCAAGACGAGGCCCGAGACGCUGCAGGAACUGAUCAAGUACUUCCACCGGGACGGGUUCGUGGUGCUCGAGAACGCCAUCCCCGAGGAGAUCAUCGACCGGCUGUACGAGCGCAUGGUGCAGGACAACGUCGACUACCUGCGCAAGAAGCACAUGCAUUGGAACCAAGGGGCCGCGACCGGCAACGUCAGCCAGAUCCCACCGCUCGAGCCGAACUUCCUGUCGCGCGACAUCUACGCCAACGUGCACAUGAUCCGCCUGUGCGAGAAUUUGCUGGGUCCCAAGCCCGAGCUGCGCUUCAUCAACAGCAACGUCGCCUGCCCCGGCGGCACGGCCCGCCAAGCCGUGCACAGCGACGUGCACCACAACUGGCCCGAGGUGCCCGCCUGGGGCCUCGUCAUGAACAUCUACCUCCAGGACACCGGGCCCGCGAACGGCGUGACCGAGGUAUGGUGCGGCACGCACACGGCCUACCCGCGCGAGGAGCAGCAGGAUAACCCGGACCGCGGCUGGAUCAAGAAGGACUACCUGCAGGGCCGCGCAAAGGUCAAGCCCCCCGUGCAGCCGACUGUCCACAAGGGCGCCAUCUGCUUUCGCGACCUGCGCCUCUGGCACGCGGGGAUGCCCAACACGAGCGACCGCCACCGCAUCAUGCUGGCGAUCGACUACUUUGCCCAGUGGUACCAGUGUCCGAUGACGACCAAGCUGCCGCGUGCGAUGAAGGACACGAUCGAGCGUGAGUGGGAGGGCAUCUCCACCGCGGGCGUCGAGUGGGUCGACGGGCCGAUCAACAGCCUGGACGUGCCGUUCUUUUUGAACAUGACGCAGGAUCCCGACCUGUAUUUGCUACAGACGGAGAAGGGCUUUCAGGAUCUAAAGGGCCGGCAGACGGGGGAGUACAAGUUUGAUACGAGCGUCGUGACGGAUCAGAAUUACUGGACGCCAGAGGUAGAUCAGGCGGCUUAG